AUGGAAUUCUUGGGUUCCAUUUUUGAAAUUGGGAAGAAGGCGUUGGAAGCAACUGGAAAAUGGGUUGUAUAUAUCAAUAGCCUUGAUGCAAACAUGAAAAAUCUCAAAAGAAAGAUACAGUACUUGAGCUGUCAAGAGGAUGAUAUAAAUACAGAGCUGAGCAGUGCAGAGCGGUCAUUGAAAAGACGAAAGCAAGAAGUUGAAGUUUGGCUUGGAGAUGUGAAAACAGUGAAAGGUGAUGUGCAAACUUUGCAAAGACUUGAGGAAGAAGUAGUUGGAUGGAAGUAUGUCUUCUCACGUGCACGGUUGGGAAAGCUUGUCAUGGAGAAGAUUCAAGAGGUGGAAGAAUUUCAAGUGAAGGGUACAUUUUCAAAUGGUUUGCUGAUUGAUGCACUACCAACUAGUGGGUGGUCCAGACUAACAAUGGGAUCUUUUGGUGAAACCACAAGUGAAAGGAACAUGGAGAAAGUUUGGGAAUACUUAAUGGAUGAUGAGGUUAGAACAAUUGGUGUGUUUGGAAUGGGGGGAGUCGGCAAAACAACCAUCAUGAAGCACAUUAACAGUCUACUUCUGAAUGAAACUUGUAACUUUGAUGAUGUGAUUUGGGUCACAGUAUCUAAAGCAUUCAACAUUAGCAAACUACAGAGUGACAUAGCUAAGGCACUAAAUCUUGAUCUUUCAGAUUAUGAGGAUGAAAAAAGAAUAGCAUCAGAAUUAUAUGCAAUCCUUUCUCAAAAGGAGAGGUAUGUGCUCAUCUUAGAUGAUCUAUGGGAAGCAUUUCCUAUGGAGAAGGUGGGUAUUCCUGAACCGACUAGAUCUAAUGGAUGUAAACUAGUGUUGAGUACACGAUUCCUUGAAGUGUGAAGAAAAAUGGAGUGCAGACCUGUCGUAGUGGAGCUCCUCCCAGAAAAAGAAGCACUAAAUUUAUUUAUGAGUAAGG